UGUGUUGAGUCGGUUCAGAUGAACGGCUCGGUGGAGAUUCGGGUCGGUACCUGAGUUGUGAUUGGAGCUCAGUAGAGUAGCUGAACAUGGCGAUGUGCGCGGCGCUCCGCCGCUUCUCCGCAAACUUUCCCGCAGUUCUGCCGCUUCUGUCCGCGCGCGGAUCCUCCCGCAGCAUCGCGUGCGGGACCACCGGCUGGAGGGCGUUCAGCGCGAGCUCGCGUCUCGAGGAAGCUCUCAAAUUCACAGAAAAGCAUGAGUGGGUACGAGUAGAAGGUGGUAUCGGUACAGUUGGCAUCAGCAAUUUUGCUCAGGAAGCAUUAGGUGAUGUUGUAUACUGUGGACUGCCAGAGGUUGGGACAAAGCUUCAACCAAUGGAGGAGUUCGGUGCUUUAGAAAGUGUGAAGGCUGCUAGUGAGUUAUACUCUCCGUUAACUGGAGAAGUAACAGAGAUCAACACAGAGCUGACGGACAGCCCCGGACUCGUCAAUUCAUCCUGCUAUGAGCGUGGAUGGCUGAUUAAGAUGACCAUAGAAAACCCUGGAGAACUUGAAGCCCUCAUGGAUGAAGCUGCUUAUGAAAAAUUUGUCAAAUCACUGGAGUGAUCUGUUAAACCCACUUCCUGUCUGGUAGUGUUUGAUACCAAGUCAGAAACUGCUGUAAAUUGCUACCUUUAGAGAUUGUACUAAUGAUAAACCUCUAUACAGUAUAUUUAUCCUGAUUGUGGAAUUAUUUCAGCAGGCUUCUCAUCUGUUGUGUUAGUGUAAUAAACCUCUCGUGGCCUAUUCUGCAGGUAAUCACGUGUUUCUAAGAGCUUUUGGUUACAGGUGCUUUCAGUGGGCUGUGAAAUGUGGUGAAUGCUGGGAAUUGUCAUUUGUUUAAAUAAAAUCAGCCCGUAAUGGAUGAAAUCA